UGUUUUUUUAGAAUACAUAUAUCGAAUAAAACAAAACUAAAAUUAAAAUGAGUGUAAUUAAUGUUCCAACGAAACCACCAAGGGGCGUAAAACAUGCCAAGGAAACGAGUGGACUAUUAAUGUCCGUAAUUAGUACACUAUCAGCCAGUGAAACCAAUGAACAACGUGAUCGUGAACGCUCAAAACUAGAAUCAGAAUAUAAACGAUGCGAUGCGAAAUUGGAUGAACUUAUUUCGACUCACGAUGGAGAUUUAUCGAAGGUAAUGCAACUAUUUACAACCUUAUCAGUGGAAGUGAAUGCAUCACGGGAGAAAAUUCAUGCGAUUAAAGAAAAUCUUCAUGCUUGUAAAACGCUACUAGGAUGUCGUCGAGAUGAGCUUUUGAAAUUAUGGUUAGAAGGUGUUGAACAUAAACACAUGCUUCAAUUACUCGAGGAGAUCGAACAAAUGAACGAAGUUCCUGCACAAUUAAAUUCCUAUUUACAAAAGAAACAUUACUUACAUGCCACAAAACUAUUAGUAAAUGCAGUGUCACUUGGUAAAAGCACUUUAGAGGGUGUUGAAGCUCUGCGUGAAUUAGCCGGUGUCUUAGAAUUAAAAAAGAAACAAUUACAUGUGAAGUUAAUCGAAGAACUCAGUCGCCAUUUAUAUUUACGAUCAAGUCAAGAAGGUUUUCAAUUCCGUCGUCAGGGUUCAGGACGUGAUCCUGCACUGUUGGCAUCACCAUUUCAACGUGAAGCUGAAUUACGUGCUUCAUCGCGACGUAAAAAUGAAUCAAAAGUAAAACGUACGUUGUUAGAUGUCAGCAAUAGUUCAGAUCAAAAUCGAGCGGAAAAUGUUAAACAAUAUGAAAUUAUUGAAAAUUUACAAGGUGAUCCAGAAGCAGACUCAGAUCAUUUUAUGGCAAUUUUAGUUGAAUGUUUAGCAUUAUUAGAAAAAAUUCCCGAGACUGUUGAAAAAAUAAAGAGUAACAUUCAAUUCGAGUUAAAAACAAUAAUUAAGCAUACAACAAAAGAAAUCAUUGAUAUGAAUGCAGCACAAGGAACAAAUCAAAAUAAUUUAUUAUUAGAAUUACUAGAAACAAUUUUUAUACAAUUUCGUUAUGUGAGUAAAAGUCAUGAUUGUCUGUUAAAACAUUUAACACGGGCUGUUAAACAUCAUCGUAUUGAUGUACGAUUAUACGAAAAAUCUACAUUUUGGUUGGAAUUACAAACAGUGCUUCAAACAUUACUUACAAGCUACUUAGAUAUACCAAAUAUAGCUGUAGAUCAAAUCCAAUCAAAUGAAUUUUCCGAUACAACAGAAAUAUCAAGUUAUUUUUCACGACGAAAGAACCAACCGAGGAAAAAAGGUUCAUUAUUUACAUUCGAAACAUCAUCAAAUGUUCUUAACAAUUAUUUAAGCGAAACAAUUAUUGGUCAAGUGGGAAAUAAAGAUGAACAAUUUGUUUGUACACCAGAUCCAAAUCAUAUAAUUGCUAUUUUUAUUCCAUUAAUAAAGUUUGUUAAGGAAAUUGAACAGAUUUUGGGAUCAUCCUCAUCGCAAAAUACUCUUACAUUGAAACGUUUUAUUUCCGAUUACGUCACGGAUGUAUACUUAAAUCGCAUCAAGAAAAAAAUCACAAAUGAAAUCGAUAUGGCCGUACGCACAUCCGAUGCUUGGAAAAUUGUCAUCUCUCCAGAUGUAAUGUCCGAUUUAAAUGUCACAAAACCAUUAUUACAAAGUGCAAUUACUGUCGGUAAUUGUAUGCGAGAAUGGCAAUUAUUAAUGGAUAAUUUACCCCCGUAUGCAAGUCGGAUCGCUCAAGCAGCUUUACAUGACUUGCAAUCGUAUCGUGAUAUAUGCCGUGAUGCGUAUCAAGGAAUUGUACAACCACACACCGAAGAUAAGCGUAUUUGUAGUGCAGCCUGGUUAAAUGAUGAAGAUAUUAGUCGAUUCUUAAAAUCAUUACCGAAUUGGAUUAAUUUAAAAGCUCAACGACAUAUUGAAGGAGCAUCGCGUGGUAAACGAACUGGUGCUGGGGCAGGAAGUGUACCUGAUCAUGCGGAUGAGGAAAGUCCAGCGGAUAUACAUCAACGAAAUGUUCGGGAGGCUGAUAUAUUAAUUAGUAAUUUGCGUGAAGGUGGUAUUAAUUCGUAUGAGAUUAUCAGUGAUAUGGGAUCCUUAAAAUGUCUUGCACAGCUUCAAGAGAGCAUGGAAUGGUUUUCAGAUGUUGUAAAAACAUUUAACGACAAAUUAAAAACCGAACCAACAGUGACUGACUACGAUGAUUUAAGUAUUGAACAUUCCGAUGUGGAGAGUAUCGUGAAACUUUUAAAUACAUUGAGCUUAGAUUUUGAUGAACAAGCUGAUACCAGCUUGUUAUUGUUACAUUUAGAAGUGCGUGUACAAUGUUUUCAUUAUUUGCUGUCAAAACCUGAUUCAAAUGGUGGUUUUGGGUCACGUAAUAAUGAUAUUAUGUCAACGCGUGUCAUGUCACAAGAACCGGAUCCAAAAGUGCAACAAUUGGCACGUGUUUUAAGUGCUAUGGAUGAAGCUAUGAAUUCAAGUUUGCAGCCUCACAAAUGCAAGUACAUUUUCGAAGGUUUGGGACAUUUAAUCUCAAAAAUCUUAAUAAGUUCAUCACAAUUUAUGAGUAAAAUCAAUGAUUCUGGUAUUGAAAUGAUGUUACGUAAUAUAUUUAUCUUACAACAAACGUUAACAAAUAUAACAAUGAGUCGUGAGAUCGCUUUGGAUCAAGCACGUCAUUACUUUGAACUCUUCUAUUUAUCACCAGAGGAAAUUCUAGCGAAUGUUAUGGAAAAAGGACCAGAAUUUUCAGAACUAGAUUAUAUGAACGCUUUUCAAUUGAUUUAUCGUAGUAAUUCGGAUAAAAUGCAGGGAUCAUCAGUAAAUAUUCAUUUAGAACGUUUAUCAGAGAUUUUAGGCGAAGUUGGUGUUACUGUUUAAAAAGCGGCAAAUAUUUUUUUUAUUUAUUUACAUACACAAAAAGAAAAAAUAGGGAAUAUUCAUGAAAUUUAAAUUUGGUUCAAAUAUU